AUGCAUCAGGAGUCACUUGUCGCGGUCGCUGAACGAUUCGCCGAAUUAGAGAGGCUCGAACGUCUCAAAGACUUCACCAUCACACACGGCGACCGCACAUGGAAGGUCCAUCGCACUGCGCUGGUAGUGCACUCGGCCGUGCUGACCAAAGCCUGCGCUGGGAACUUCGAGGUACUGCAUUGCAAAUUGGGUUACUCCGAACACGCGGCUGACUCCAGGGUAGGAGGCGAAGAAGGCGACCAUCGACCUGUCCGCAGAUCCAGAGACGGCUGUGGCGGCUUUGGUCGAGUACCUGUAUGCUUUUGAUUACACUACGAACGUCCAGGAUGGCGGUCCGAUCAGCUUCCACGUAUCGAUGUUCAUUCUGGCCGACAAGUACGACAUUCAGCCCCUGAAAAGCCUCGCUACAGACAAGUUCGAGCAUGCAAUGCGGCCCCACCGCUCCUGGGGGAAUGGAGUCAAGAAGAGGCUCAAGACAGGAGACACCAUUCCCGUGGAGCGAAGAAAGGACGUUGUGGAGGAUCAGAACCCUCAGCCCGAAGACGUUGCCUACGCAAUCAAACUUGCAUACGAGGCUCGAGCUGUAACGAAGGAGAGAUGCAUCGAUUUGGUCGAGUGGGUCGCUGGGUCAGAAGACGUCCUUAUCGGUGACAGUGGUUCGGACGCCAUCGAAGGCGCGAUCGAAAGCAUCCCAGGCUUUGCGGUCGACAUUGCGAGGGCGCUCAGAUUCAAGUAUGUGAAUCGUGUUUACGCGUGUGAGGGCUGCGUCGUAGAGUUCUGCUCAGAUCAAACGAUGCCUACUUGCCCGUGGUGUAA